AUGUCACCAAUCAGCAGCGGCACCAAUGGCGUCCAUGGAGACGGCGGACAAGGCAAGGCUGGCAGCCCGACCCCGACGGCUGCCACCCCUAUUGCGAUCGUUGGUAUGGCAUGUCGUUUCCCUGGGAACGUGACCUCACCAUCUCAACUUUGGGAGCUGUGCGCAUCUGGCAAGGAUGGCUGGCAGCCUGUUCCAGAGUCACGCUUCGAUGUCAAGUCAUUGUAUCACAAAAACAGCUCCAGAGCCGGCAGAAGCCAUGUCGAAGGCGGCUAUUUCAUGGGCGAGGAUAUCGCAUUGUUCGAUGCUGCCUUCUUUAAUCUGGCUGCGGAUGUUGCCAGCGGACUUGAUCCCCAGGCUAGACUGCUGCUUGAGUCUGUCUACGAGGCUACUGAAGACGCCGGUAUCCCCAUCGAAACUCUUGCUGGCUCCAAUACUUCUGUGUACGCGGGUACCUUCAACAAAGAUUACCACGAGAUCCAGACCAAAGAUGCGGAGGUUCUUCCCCAUGCCUUUCUUGCAGGCACUGGCACUGCCAUGAUUGCUAACCGUAUAUCUCACUUUUUUGACCUGCAAGGCCCGAGCAUGUCUAUAGAUACCGGCUGCAGUGCCGGUAUGGUUGCGGUCCACCAAGGGUGUCAAAGCAUCCGCUCGGGAGAGAGCGACAUCUCGGUUGUCGGCGCCGCCAGCACCCUCCUCACCCAGGAUGCCUUUAUCUCGGCAUCUACCAUCGGUGCCAUCGGCGCAGAAGGAAAAUGCUUUGCAUGGGACGAGCGUGCCCACGGCUACGGUCGUGGCGAGGGGGUCGCAGCACUCAUCCUCCAGCCUCUCGACGCUGCACUCAAGGUCGGUAACCGAGUCCACGCAGUCAUCAGAGAUACUGGGCUCAACCAGGACGGAAAGACCACUACGAUUACCUCGCCUUCUGCAGACGCCCAAGUUAAGCUGAUUCGGGAAUGCUACGCUCGUGCAGGGUUUGAUCUCGCCGACACCGGCUACGUGGAAGCUCACAUGACCGGCACGGCAGCGGGUGACCCUGUCGAGGCCGAAGCACUGGCCAGGACGUUUGGCAAGUCCCGCGAAGCACACGAUCCUGUUUUUGUCGGGUCCGUGAAGACGAAUCUUGGACAUACCGAGCCCGUCAGUGGCCUUGCCGCUCUCAUCAAAACGACAUUCGCUCUCAAGAACGGACUUAUCCCGCCAAAUCUCAAUUAUGAAAAGACAAAUCCGGAGAUCGAUGUACAGGCUUGCCACUUGAAGGUGCCGACAACGCCAGUGCCGUGGCCCCAGGGCAAGUUGCUGCGUGCUUCGGUCAACAAUUUUGGAUACGGAGGAACUAACGGCCACACGAUCCUGGAAGCCGCUGAACUCCACAUCAACGGAGCUCCCAGCAAUGGAAUCCGCAAUGAAUUUCACAAUAGCAAUGGACAUGCCAAUGGCGGUCGAUCGCAUGUUUUCAUCCUGAGCGCCAAAGACUCAGUCGCCUGUCAAACCAUGAUGGGUCGCUUCGCUGACCAUGUGGCAACGACGAUGCCUUCCACCAGUGACCUUGCCUAUACUCUAGCUCACCGGCGAUCAAUGCAUCCUUGGGUCGCGGCUGUCCGCGCUCGAACUAUCGACGAACUGGUGGAGCGUCUACGAGAUCCAAUACUCCGACCUUCGAGCACUUCCAAGCGGCCACGUCUUGCAUUCGUCUUCAACGGCCAAGGUGCGCAAUGGCAUGCGAUGGGACGAGAACUCAUCCACGCUUAUCCGGCUUUUGGUUGUAGCAUCCGAGAGGCCGAUAGUAUCCUUAAGGAGUUUGGUGCAUCUUGGUCGCUCGAAGACGAACUCAUGCGCGAUGGAGCUACAACACGCGUGGCCGAAAUUCAUCUUAGCCAGCCUAUUAGCGUCGCUGUUCAGCUCUGCCUUACCAACUUGUUGGCAUCUUGGGAUGUUUUCCCAACAGCCGUGACCAGCCACUCCAGUGGCGAGAUUGCCGCUGCGUAUGCCACCAGGGUACUGUCAUUCAAAGAAGCGCUUGGUGUUGCGUACUACCGCGGCGAACUUGCUCUGAAGCAUCAAAAGCUGCAUUCUUUGGCUGGAGGGAUGCUUGCCGCAGCUAUAGGACCAGAAAGUGCUGAGAAAUACAUCAACGAUACUUCUGGCGGACGUGUUGUCGUGGCCUGCGUCAAUAGCCCUAGCAGUGUCACGCUUUCAGGGGACUUGGUCGCCCUCGAUGAGAUAGCUUCCCGCCUGGAAAAGGAUGGCGUCUUCGCCAGGAAGCUCAAGGUCCCCAUGGCCUACCACUCCCACCACAUGUCACAUAUCUCGCAGGAGUACAUCGACCGACUUUCAGCCAUCCUUCCUGUGCCUAAGAAGGCUUGGGGCGAUGCUGCAAUAUUCAUGUCGCCUGUCACGGGAGACAAAAUCUCAUCGCCAAUGACCUUAGCUCCCGAGCAUUGGGCCCGCAACAUGACGCACCCGGUCCUUUUCGGUCAGGCGUUCGACAACAUGUGUUUCCGGGAUGGCGGCCUCAAUGUUGAUAUGGUCGUGGAAAUUGGUGCACACAGCACUCUGGCAGGCCCGAUACGACAAAUUCUCAAGGCACGGAACGUCGAGCUGCCCUAUGUAUCAUGUCUCAAGCGGCCCGUCGACGCUGUUGAAACCAUGCAGGAUCUUGCCUGUGCCCUGAUCGGUCGAGGCUACCCGGUCAAUAUCAGGGUAGUAAACUCACCCUUUGAAAUGGAAGGUCAACCGGUCGAAAACGCAUUUGUCACCGACCUUCCCACAUAUCCUUGGAAUCAUACGAAACGCUUCUGGGUUGAGCCUAGGAUCAGCAGAGACCAAAGAUACAAGAAAUUUCCACCCCACGAGCUGCUUGGUACGCCGGUAAACGGAGGCAAUGCUCUCAUACCAACUUGGCGUAACUUUAUUCGCCUGUCUGAAGUCGAAUGGUUGAAAGAUCAUCAGAUCGAUGGCUCGGUAGUGUUUCCCGGCGCUGGUUACAUUGCUUCAGCAAUCGAGGCCGUUCGUCUCCUCACGGAUCCUUCGGAAGCGACGAUUCAAGAAUACAAACUACGGGAUAUUGAUAUCAUGAACGCAAUGGUGAUUCCGGAUUCCGUUUUUGGACUGGAAACCCAGCUUAGCCUCCAACGCUGCAGCGAUAAGCAACUCGAUCAUGCGGGCUGGUACGAGUUCAAACUUUGCUCUUUGACGCCUGGUGGCUCAUGUAUAGAGCACUGUAAAGGAUUCGUCGCCGCCGACACAAACGACGUGUCUAAAGUGAGGACUGCUGAACUAUCUCGUAGAGUGGAAGCGCCUCGGGUCGAGACAUACCUUCAGCAAGGCGUUGGAAGCGAAAAAGAUACUGCUGUGACCACAGUCGAUAUCGAGGCUCUUUUUGGAGGCCUCCGCGAAAGAGGAAUCUACCAUGGACCAGCGUUUCAGAAUCUGAUCGACAGCCACGCAGCUGGACACCGGGCAAUCACCAACUUCGCUGUAGCACCAGUCGCAUGCACGGAACAUGACUAUGUUCUGCACCCAACUACACUCGACUCUGUAUUGCAAGCUUCCUUCAGUAGCCUGCCCAAACAAAUGGACAAGGACACUAUGGUUCUGCCCAGGUCGAUACGCAGCUUGACCGUGCCAAGAUCCUUCAAGAGACGGGGCGGAGACAAGUUACGUGCCUUCUCAGAGUUGGUGAAGGUCGACAAGCGUGGCUACACAUCGGACAUUUCCAUCGCUGUGGCCAUGCCGGACCCUCAGGACAGCGACUCAACAUUUUCCAACUUCUUGCAAAUGCACGGCUUUUUCGGUCAAGUGGUGCCUCGACGCACCGAUGAUACCGACCAGGAGGCUGGAAUCUGCUCGAAAAGCUGCUGGGAGCUGGAUAUUCUCCACAACGUGCCUGCGGACUUGCGGUCUUCCCUGGCCAUUCCUUUGGCGGAACAUGAAGUCGAAACUGAGAGGAAGCUCGUUCGAGCAUCGUACCACUUCAUCCGCGACGCUAUGUCUGAGCUGGAAGGCCAGAAUUCUGAAGCAUGGGAAUGGCAUCACAAGCGCAUGUAUGACUGGAUGAAGACUGUCGUUCAACAAGGCCACGACGGAAAGCUCGGACCGGGAUGCCAGUCGUGGUCAAGAACCAGCAAGGGUCUCCAGAACAUGCUUGCAGACGAGCUGAAUGCCCAGAACGCCGCCGGCAGGCUUACAGUGCGAGUCGGGCGUAACCUUGCGGCCAUUAUCCGUGGCGAAGUCACGCCGCUUGAAUUGAUGAUGGAAGGAAAUCUGCUCAAUCAAUUCUACAUGGAUCACGAAGCCCUCAAGACUCGUUCCUACAAACAUCUCUCCACCAUUGCGGAGCUCUAUGCCGUCAAAAAUCCAGGCGCCAAUGUGCUCGAGAUCGGUGCUGGUACCGGCGGUGCAACAACAACAGUACUGGAGGGUUUUGGCACCAGGGGAGAUGGUACUGGAUCCAUACUUGGACAUUACACUUUCACGGACAUCUCUCCAGGCUUCUUCGAAGCGGCUAGGUCAAAGUUCGCGGCCUGGUCGUCCUUGAUGGACUUCAAGAAGCUGGACAUUGAGGUUGACCCGCUUGAGCAAGGCUUUACUAGUGGCGCUUACGACUUGAUCGUGGCGGCGUCGUGUCUUCAUGCCACUAAAAACCUCAACACGACUAUGUCGCACGUCCGGAAACUCCUCAAAGCAGGUGGCACAUUGUUGCUAAUCGAAGCCACGGCGGACCGCCUGGAAGGACAAUUGAUCUUUGGCACUCUGCCCGGAUGGUGGCUUGGAGAGGAACCCGAAAGGCAAAUGAGCCCGAACGCACCUCUCGACAUGUGGAAGCGGGUUCUGCUUGAAACGGGCUUCACUGGUGUGGACUUUGACGUACCCGACUACGAAGAGCCAGAUUUCCAGUCUGCGCGUGUCAUGCUAUCAAGGGCAUCGACCACCGUGCAGUGUCCUUUCUCCAUUGUGCUGCCACCAAGCCAGCAACCCUCUGGAGAACGGGAAGCAUGGUUGCGUGAUGUGUCGAAUGCCAUGAAGUCGCUUACUGGCAAAUCUCCGUCGAUUGUAUCACUUGAGAACGUGAAAGCUUGGCAGGACACGGUCUGCAUUUUCACGGCCGAGAUGGAAGGCCCUUUCGUAGAUGGCAUGGACGAGACCACCUUCGAUCAGCUCAAGGCGCUUUUCAAUCAUAGCUCCGGCCUACUGUGGCUUAGCUGCGGUGGCCUAAUUGACGCGACGGAGCCUUCCUUUGGCGCUACCGACGGCCUUAUACGAACAAUGAGACAGGAAGAUGCAGGGAAAAAAUGGAUCCGACUAGAUUUCGAGAAUGAUACGAAACCAUGGUCAAGCGAUAAGAUUGGGCAUGUUGUUCAUGUGUUGCAGCAAAGUUUCGAUGCCACUCUUGACCCUGCCGACGUGGAGUGGGAGUAUGCCGUCAAAGACUCGAUUCUUCAGGUGCCUAGGACAUACCCGGACAAGACUCAAGAUGCUCUCGCGAGAAGCAUCUCGAUGGACCCGCCCCCGGAGUUGCAACCAUUCCAUCAGCCGGGACGACCUCUGAUAUGGGAGACGCCCAAGUCAGGCGCCACCGGAAUCAACCCAUAUUUCGUCGACAACACAGAGAUCGCCUCUACUGAUGUCCCUAGCGGCAUGGUUGAGGUGGUAGCCAAGGCAUUUGGUCUCAACUUCCGCGAGGUGAUGGUCGCUUUGGGAGAACUCGAUGAGCCCCUUAAAGGACAUGAGUGCGCCGGGAUCAUAACAGCCCUGGGCCCAGACACCGAAGCAAGCGGGCUAAAGAUUGGUGACCGUGUGUGUGCUUUGGUUAGAGGUCGCCUUGCUAGCAGAGGCAGAACAUGGUGGACGUCAGUGGCGAAGCUGCCCGACGACAUAGAUCUCUCGUGGGAGCACGCGGCUUCGUUUCCGGCGGCAUACGUCACGGCCUACGGAAGUCUUAUGCAGAUUGCAAGGCUACAAAGGGGCGAAAGUGUCCUCGUUCAUGCGGCAUCCGGAGGGACUGGCCAAGCGGCUGUGAUCCUGGCCCAGUCCGUCGGCGCCGAAGUGUAUGCGACUUGCAGCACAAAGGCAAAACGAGACCUCCUCGUCCAGACAUACGGCAUUGGCCCUGACCACAUAUUCUCCAGCAGAGACGCCAGCUUCGCUCCAGCCAUCAUGGCAGCCACGAACGGGAAGGGUGUCGACGUAGUGCUCAACUCGUUGUCAGGACCGUUGUUAAAAGCGACGUGGGAUUGUGUGGCCCGCUUCGGCCGCCUCGUCGAUAUUACCAAGGUCGACAUCGAAGCGAACCGUGACCUGCAGACUGCACCUUUCGAUCGCUGCGCGGUUUACACCGGCUUCGACUUACUGCAGCUCACAGAAUACCGUGGCCGUCAGACGCAUGAAGCCCUGGUGGAGUGUGUCCGUAUCGUUCGUGAACGCCACGGCGCUCCAGUCCACCCCAUCACUUCGUUUUCAAUCACCGAUAUGGCCACGGCAAUGCGUCAAAUGCAGGGUGGCGCACAUAUGGGAAAGCUUGUGCUUGUGCCAAAUCCUGGCGAUAAGGUCAAUGUUAUCAAACGCCCACCGCCUGUUGCUCUGGACAAAGCUGACGCUACAUACCUGAUAUCCGGUGGUCUGGGUGGUAUUGGUCGCGCUGUCGCAGAGUGGAUCAUCCGCAAGAGAGCCAAGAAUGUUGUGCUUGUUUCUCGCAGAGCCAGUUCCCGCCCUGACGCGGCCAAAUUUCGCGAGGAAGCAGAAGCUGCCGGAUGCAGGCUUUUGAUACGCGACUGCGAUGUCUCGGAUGAGAAUGGCCUCCUCGAACUUGUGCGGCAAGUUGCUGAUGCCGGGUUACCUCCGAUCACGGGAGCAAUCAAUGGUGCCAUGGUGCUGGACGACACAGUCAUGGAGCGCAUGACAUUCCAGCAAUGGUCCAACGGCGUACGACCCAAGAUCAACAGCAGCCAUAACCUACACAAACAUCUUCCUAACAUGUCCUUCUACAUCAUGCUGUCAUCUGUCGCCGGCGUAGCGGGCCACAUGUCCCAGGCCAACUACGCUGCCGGAAAUACGUUCCAGGAUGCUCUCGCUCGCCAUCGCACGGCAAAUGGCAAGCCAGCCGUCACUAUCGACCUUGGCGCUGUACGAUCCGUCGGCUACGUAGCACAAAGAGAAGCGAGCGGUGAUGAACGCCUCCGUGCACGUGUUGAAAAUGUCGGCUUUGGCUCCGUCGACAUCGAAGCCGUCCUCGGAAUCAUCGAAGCCGGAAUCAGAGACCCGCUGCGAGGUUCCCUCGCGGACAGCCAGAUCAUCGUCGGGCCCAACUUCCACGCCUUCGCCUCCGAAUCCGCUAUGCGGCACGACCGUCGCUUUGGCACGCUGAGGAUUGCGAGCCAGCGCGGCCUCAACACUGCUGCAAUGCAGGAUACCAAGUCCACCACGGCUGCGUUCGUCCAGGCUUUCGCUUCUGCGUCUAGCAUUGACGCGGCCUCUAAACUGCUCGUGGUCGCUCUCGCCGCUAAGCUAUCGGACAUAUUCAACAUUCCGGCGUCCGAUAUCGAUCCCGAGCUGCCACUAUCACGGUACGGUGUUGACUCUCUCGUAGGGGUGGAGCUGCGCAACUGGAUUAGCAGUACCGUCAAAGCCAAGGUCUCAGUGUUUGAGAUACUUCAGACGGCGUCGCUCAACGAAUUUGGCCUCCUGGUGGCGGACAAAAGCGAGUACAUAACUCCGAAGGGUGAGGCAGACCAGGCGGAGUCACAGAAGAGCUGA